AACAACUAAAACAAUAUCGUGGAUAAAUAUUUGCAAAGGAAGUGAUAUAUUGUGAAAUGAAGAAUUUUUCCUAUUCACAUUAACGGAACAUUUGGAAACAAAUAGUUAUGGUAUUCGUAAGUUUGUGCAUUUUUGAAACGUUCCUUACAAUGGAGACUAUAUUUCGAUUGUCGGAACAAUAUGCCUUAUUAUUGGAUAAAAAUGAGUUACAGAUUCCAAAAGGCGGAGAUCAGCCAGGUACCGAUUAUGUAAUUGAACCAAUUGUCGAGGAAAGCAUGUAUCGCACAUCAGUUUAUCAUUACGCCAGGCAUGGUUUGUGUAGGAACUUAGAAGGCAAAAAAAAUCUUUACAAAGCAUUUAAAAGCAGGUUUUGCAAUAUGGAACUAUCUUUUACGGCAAACCUUGUUCUCGAGUUAUGCAGACGUAAAGAUAAAAUGCUUGACAAGUGGGUCGAAGAACUGUUUGACAUUGACGGUGAUGGAUACAUCACUCACCAUGAGAAACAGUUGUACCUGUAUCGAUAGCAAAAAUGUCAUACUUUAUCGCACUACUAAAACUCAUUUACUGUGAUUAGAUACAUUUGUAUAUUUAUAGGUAUAAAGUAUGCUUGCAAAAUAAUGAUGUUGUAAAACAGGUCAGAUUUGACAAAGAGAGAUAUCUUCAAAGGAGUUGUACAUGCUGUUGAUCACAUGUGCAUAAGAAAUGACUAAACUAAACAUGUUUCAUGAAAAUAACAUUAAAUUAAAAUAUU